AUGCCUCUAAAAUCUCAUAAUGUUCAACUUGCAGCUACACGAGAAAAUGAUGAACUAUCAAGUGAUGAAUUAUCUGAUAAUUUUGAAAAAGAUGGUAUUUGGAAUAAUGAUAGUUUGAAAGAAACUGUAGAUAAAAUUUCAUUAUCUGUAUUUGAUAUUAUGUAUCAAAAUGCAAAAAACCCUACUAUUUUUAAUAGUACAUAUCUAUUAACUUAUCAUGGAAAUUCUGAUAGAACUCAAAGACGAAAAAAAGCAACUGCAAAAAUAGCAAGUGAGGAAUCUACUAAUAUUACCAAAUAUUUCAUUAAUGAUUUGACUUCCACUUCAUUAUUAAAUAAUCAGAUUAACACUACAGUUGAUGAUUUAAUAAACCUUGAUAAAAUUAUAGAAAAAGAAGGGUUUAAUUUAGCAUUGGAGGAAUUAAAUACAUUAAUUAAAGACAAAUCAUUACUUUCUCAAGUUAAAAAUUGGUUGCAACUUAUUCUUCAAUACAUUAACUUGAGAUUAGCUAGAUACAAAUGUAUGAAAGCAAGUCAAACAAUUGCAAUUAGUAUUAGAAAAGGCAAAUAUCAAGCGUGUUUAAUUAGGACAUAG